CGUCAUUCGCCUUAAUAACUGGCGUUCUCCCUUCACUAUGGGCGUCGUACAGUAAUAUAUAUGGCCGACGUCCAAUUUAUGCAGUCUCAAACAUGAUUACAGCGCUAGGCAACCUUGGCAGUGCGCUGUCAGUCAAUAUUGGAAUGCUGAUCGCAUUCCGUGGAAUCACGGCCAUUGGUGCAAGUGCAUGCGUUGCCAUGGGAGCUGGAGUGGUAACGGAAGUAUUUGACGACAAUGAACGUGGAAGAGCACUUUCUUGGAACAAUGCUUUACCAAUCACGAUGACUGCUGUAUCCCCCAUGAUUUCUGGUUUAUUGGCUCAAUAUUUCGGAUGGAGAAGCGUUUUCUGGUUCUAUACCAUUUGUUAUGGGGUUCUAUUCAUUUGCGUGAUAUUUUUAUUACCAGAAACCAAAAAGAACUUGAAAGGAGACAGUCAAAGGAGCAAACUGAAGCAACUUGCCGUCGUCAAUCCUGCAUCAUCAUUGCAGCUUUUGCGCUAUCCUAACCUUCUACUUACAUCUAUUUAUAUGGGUCUCAUGUUCUUUGUAAACUAUGCCGUGAAUACGUCGUUUACGUGGGCCUAUAGCAAUCAAUAUGGAUUCAAUCCAGUCCAGGUCGGCUUAUGCUAUAUGUUGGGUGCUUUCGGAUAUUGCGUUGGUGCCUACACAGCUGGAUCAUUAUCAGAUCGUAUGUAUCGUCAACGCGUACAGAAAGCAAAAGACAAGAACGAGCGCGUGUACCCGGAAAUGCGACUCAGUAGAGCAUCAUUGGCGCCGGCCGCUGUUCUGAUGGUUGGAGGAUAUGCUGCAUAUGGAUGGUGCAUACAAGCAAACGCGCAUUUUAUAUUCGGUAUGCUUAUGCAGAUGUUCGCGCAACUUGGAAUGAUGAUCUGGGUAUGCUUUUUGACAGUUUACGCCAUUCAGUGUUUUCCAGAUCGUGGAGCAUCUGUACAAGGUAUAGCAAUACUGCUUUGUCACAACUACACCUGUAUUAUUAGCAAGACUUGUAUGUAUCAGUUAAUAUCUUUUCACAACAAUCUAUAGCCUGUUUCCAGAUCGUCAAAAACUCGUUCAUCGUAGUUGCUAUUUUGUCCGUCAUAAAAUUACAAGAUUUGCUAGGACAUGGCAUUCUUUACUCUAUUUGUGGAGGAAUAUUGCUUGCGGCAUCGCUAUUUGUAAUUUACAUUCAAACCAAUACUGAAAGGUGGCAACGGAUACAAAAAGAGCACCCACUAUAAAUAUAGAAGUUCUUUCGAUUUCCUUCUUUUUCUUUACGUGCAUACAUAUGUAAUCGAUCAAAUAAAUGUAAUCAUAUUUUAAGACAGAAAG